AUGGCCGACACGGGCGCUGCUGGCGCCCCCGCCUCUUCCCUGGUCGCCGCGGCGGCCACGGCGGCCGCUAGCGCCGCCGCAGCUUCGGCCUUCGUGGGCGCGGACGGUGGCGGCGACGGCGGUAGUAGCGGCAACGGCGCCUCAUCCCCCGCCCCCGCCGCGCCACAAGCAGCAGCAGCAGCGUCGUCGUCGUCGUCACAGCUCCCUCCGAUGUCUCACUCCGUGUCGAAUGCCGCCGCGGCUGCUGCGGCGGCCGCCGCCGCGGCGACGACUACGGCACCCCCCACGGAUGCAACCGUGCAGAGCCCUACCACAACCGUGCACGCGGCUGGCCCGAACGGUGUCGCGCCGGCGACGAGUACGACGGGAGGAGGGGCGGGGACGUCGUCGGGCAAGAAGCGAGCGGCGUCGGGGGGCCAGUCGAAGCCGCAGUCGGCGUGGAUGCUGUUCAUCCAGGAGCGGCGCGAGCAGGUCAAGCGCGACAACCCGGACAUCGCUGUCACACAGCAGCAGAAGAUCAUGAGCGAGAUCUGGAAGACGCUGGCCAGCGACGAGCGAGAGGCCUACCGCACCCGAGCCAGGGACGACCAGAAGCGGUAUAAGGCCGAGCAGGCGGAUAAGCCGGUCGUGAAAAAGGAGGAGUUUUACACCAACGACGAAAAGGGCCAGUCCACCGAGCUGGUUUGUCCCAUGGGCCGGAUCGGGAGGAUAAUCAAGCUGGAUCAGGAUGUCCAGAGCGUGACCAAGGAGGCCACGGCGCUCAUUGGAAAGGCCAUGGAGCUUUUCACGUCUCUCAUGGCCAAGGAGUCCUUUUCCGUGGCGCAAAGCCAGAACAGACGACUCCUCAAACUCCAAGACAUCACGGACAUCAUGCACAACCAGGACCAGUUUUACUGGAUCAAGGACGACUUCCCGCUGCCAACGCGGUGAUGAGAGUGGGAGAAUCGGUGUGUUGCGCGUGGAUAUACGUAGGGUAUAGAUCGGUAGAGAACGGCACAGCUGUAGCAGCAUCAGAGCUUUCAUGUACAGAACCUGCUCCCAUGCUGCUCGCUGCGGUCGAACGAGUCUUUUUUUUCGUUUUUUUUCGUUUUUUUUCGUCUUUGUUUGAGGGAGAGGCAGGCAGGCUGAGCACACUCGUUCGCGCGUUUUGGUAGGAAGCCCCGUGAUUGCGCACGGGGUUGGGGGGGGGGG